CGCACUCCGGCUUAGCCAUUGGUCAUUGGUUGUAGUGCGUGUUUUGAUAAAAUUAUAAAGAAGCAAUGUUACUUAUACGCUGGGGAACGCAAAAGUAUAACACUGUGACAUAAAUUGAAUAGCUGUGGAUUUAAAUUAUAAGAAGUGACAACUUAUUAAUGACAACUGACGUUGCCAACUGACAGUUGAGACUUGAGACGAAGUUUGGCCGUGAAUAAAUUUUAAAGAUUUCACUAUCUUUAACAGCAACUGUAAGCACUUUAGCUGAGUGUUACAUUAAAUUUAUAUAUAAUGUCUGACGAAGAUCGUGAAAAAUGGUCAGCAGAGGAAAGGAACCGAGAUAACCUGCAUGUAUCUCCAAGCUGCUCAAGUUUUGAAGUAUUAGAUCCUCAUGAUCCCAUUAUAAGUCGACUUGCUACACAAUUGUUUAAAAAGACUAAUGAUUACCUUCAAGGUGAAGUAACAGCGGGUCAGGAUCAUUAUAUACUGCUGGAAGAAAUUAACAGAUUAGCUAUAACAAAGUAUGCUGAUCUUAAAAACCUUACUGUUAACUUGGAAAAAACCCUGAAUGAAUACAACAAAAUGUAUGAUACUAGCAUUUUACCACUUUUGCAGCAAAUUGAUGAUAUUGAUUCUCAGGUAACACAGUUUGAAGCAAAUGCAUACCGCUUAGACAGUUACACCAAACAGCUGAAGGCUCAAUUUGAAGAGCUAUGUGAAAAGAGUAAAUAAAUAAAAUUUAAUUAUAUUA